AUGUCUUUCCUUCAUGGUGUUUUAGAUAACAUUAAGCCUAAAUUAGGCUUGCAUAGUCAUCACAUUAAUGAAGCUGUAAGCCUUCUUGAAGCCAAUAAACACUCUGGUAAAGACGGUUUUAAUACUGCGAUUAAAGCAGUGGUCAAGGGGGUGAAGGGGUAUAAUGAGGGUGUCAAGAAAUCCAAUCAGGAAGUUAAAUCUGCAGUAGAAGCUUUACAAAAUAAGGACAAGUUUGAUGAGAGGACGAAGCAGAAGAUGGAGCACAGUGCUCAAGAAAUCAAGUCGGCGGAGACUCUCAUCGGUGGAAAACUGGAGGACUGCGAGAUAAACGCUUCGGCGUUUGUAGAUUCACUUAGCAGACAUAGCGAAACUAUUGAUAAUUUUAAUAAUACUUUAUGUAAUAGAGUGCGUGGCGUAAUUAGUAGUGUAGAACAUGAGAAAGUGCGACUGCAUGACGUGGCGGCGAAGGAGAAAGACAUCUUAACGGCGGCGACGGACAAGAUUGGUGAUGCAUUGAACAAACUGAAAUGUAGCGUUAACGAUAAGAUUAAAGUAGACGUUGGGAAGCUUGUCAAAGAGGUGAAGGAGGCCUUAAAGCCGAUAUUGGCGGAUCUUAAAAACAUUGGAAAUUUGCUUAAGGGAUAUAUUAACGAUUUGACGGAGUGGAUUGCUAAGGCUGAGAAAGCUGUGGAAGAAUCGUUCAAGCUUGUGCAGGAGAUAUUAGAUGCUGUUAGAGAAGACUCUACGUUCAACAAUGUCAAGGACAUAAAGGGGGCGGCCCAGAAGAUUACGCAAAAAGCCGAACAGCUUCAGGGGAUUGCGACCUUUGGCAAAACGGAAGUCGACACAUUAGUCAAAAAAGCCCUCACGGCCGUGAAAGCGAUGGACGGGCAGCUGAAGCAGGAUUUGUUUGGGGUGAAGACGGAAAUAGGGAAGAAGGUGACGGAUAUUAAGGAGGCAAUUGGGAGGCUUUAUGGAAUUGUUAAGGAUGGAAAUCCGGGAGAAGGGGAUGAUAAUCAGGAAAUUGCAGGGGUUAUCGGUCAAAUUCGAGAAAAGGUUGCGGAGAUUAAAAAUCCGCCAAAUGGUCUGCAUGGAAUUGUUGGUGAAUCCGGCAGUUAUAAAUCUAAAAUCAUCGACGUUCUUACUCCCCUAAAUAGCAAAGCCCUUGAACUCACUAAGCAGUUCAUCGACGCGCAGGCGGCGGAGCUGGAAGAAAAGAUAGAGAGGCAGCUGGAGAGCAUGCCGGCAGACAUACACGCACAGCAUAAUUCCGAUUUCGGACGGUUUAAGAGUGAAAUUGCUGAGCUAAAAAUCCAAUCUAAUUUGCAGCUUAGCAUCAGCGGUGAACAGAAUAUCGAACAUCGUCAGAGUCAAAUUGAGGCAAGAAAGCUUCGGUUGAGUGAGGUGCGUAGAAGCAUUGUAUCUGCAAUAAAUAGCGCAAACGAUGCUUGGCAGCGCAAGAUACAUGCUGUAUUGUCGCCGUUGCAUUCCAAAGUGAACACUAUACAAACCCUUCAGGCCACUGACGUUAAAUCUGUACUAGACACAGUUUGUCAACAAAUUAAUGAGCUAAUUAAACUUGCCAAAUGCGUUAGUGAUGAGCAGUGGAAAGGUGCUAGAACUGACUGGAACAAUUUUAAACAGUAUGUUGAUCCGCUCAAGCUCCAGGUGGACCGGCAUGUUGAGGAAUAUAGGCAAUCCGGGAAUCAGCAUGUAGGUUAUGCAGCGCAAUUGUCUCAGCAGUUGCCUUCAGAGUUAGUACGCCAAGUCCAUGGUGUUGUCCCCGGUGCUUACCAAUGCGCUAACAGAAUCUCUGGUCAUCUUCAAGGUGUCAUCGCUUCCCAAAAGGCCAACCAACCACAAAGUCACGGCCGCGGAUUGCCGACUUGGCCACAACAACAUUACCGUAGUGCCUACGGCGGCUAUAACAGUUACGCCGGAGGACAGUAUCAACCUUACGCCCAACAGCUGUCUCUAACCGAUGCAAACAACGCGCCCACGCUCGACACUCUCCUCAAGCAGUUCGAAGACAAUGUUAAAGCGGAACUCUCCAGAUUAACUAAAAGUGUCGGCAAGACACCCGCCGAAGUAGGCAGCGUCUACAAAGAAUUGGACGCCGUUAAAAUCAACGUUGACGGCCUGAACAGUAAGCUCGAAGCGGCGACUGGACAAUCCGCCGGCUCCCCGACUAACCACGCCCAAGCCGUCGACACCGCGAUCCAGCAGGUGACCAGCACGCUCGACGACCAGCUGCCGAAUGGCGACGGUGAAAAAGUUAGCAUUAAAAAUGCCACAGGCAAUAGUUUCCCGCUUUACAAAACUCACGUCAAACAAGAAAACAUUGACUCACUCAGUGGCGACAACAUCGAACAGCUUGCAGGCGCCCUUCCAGACAAGAUCAAGGAAAUCAGGACGCAGGUGACCGGCACUCUGUCUGGGAUCGAUCCUCUCAAAAGCGCAAUUGACACUAGUGUCAGAGAAAUAACUACCAAAUUUAGUGAACUGUGCGAAAAAGUUAGAAGAGCGGCGGCUGCGGGGGAGGAUAAGGGUCAAGUGGAUGACACUCUCAGAGGACGGCUAAACGACCUGAAGCAGAAGAUUGGCUUGAAUAACUCCAAGGAAGGUACGCUUAAAAAACUAUUACAACAACUUGACGAGCUCCACACCAGUCUUGUGAAGGGUCCCAUCUUUAAGCUCAAUCAUUUCCUAGAUACGCACGCCGACAAAAUGCUCGACGUGCACGUGAAAUCACUUCACAAACAGGUCACCAACACAGUCGAAGACACCAAAGCGUUGCUCACCACCCAGGCGAAAAAGGACUACGUGACCGCCAUGCAGCUCCUCAUCCAGCAGUUCGCCGAGAGGGUUAGGAGCGACUUGAAUGGACUGCCUCAAGCAAUUAGUGACGAUUUAGAACAAGGACACAAAGGCUUUAUGGCGAAAUUGCAUGAGCAAUUUCUGAAUCGCUUUAACACUUAUCUCAGAACCUAUAACCUAGAGAGCAGAACAUUAAGAGAUAUCGCCGGUACAGUAUGUUACCAGUUUAGCGAUUUCAUGGAGGCAUUAUACAAGCAGGAAGAUUUCACAAACAAUCGCAUAUAUGUUGAGCCUUCCAGGAAGGCAUUGCAGACGUUGCUUACGCAUCUUGCCAAUUCACAGCACUUCGACCGCAUUUUCACUGACAACCUUAAAACUUAA